AUGAUCGUAUUAGUUGUAAGUGUUUUAUUGUUGAUAAUUCACCAAGGACAAUGUGCAGUGCAAGCUACUGCUAUCCUCUACGCUGAUAAUACAAAUAAAUCCGCUGGUAUACUGACUUUCACGCAAGACAAUGCAGGCGCAUCAGUCCGCAUUAGUGGCUCGCUCUCCGGACUCAAUAUCACCAGUGCACAUGGUUUUCAUGUUCAUGAAUUCGGAGUGUCAGAGACUGUACCUAAUUGUACAGCAGCUGGUGGACAUUUUAAUCCUUUGAAAACUUUACAUGGCCCUCGUACGGCUAAUAUAACAAGUCGACAUGUUGGCGAUCUUGGAAAUAUAACAACCGAUGAUAAAGGUAAUGCUAAUAUUAAUAUAGAAGAUUCGAUAAUCCAACUUUAUAAUGGGAACCGAUCAAUUGUGAAUCUAACUAUUGUUGUACAUCGUAUGCGUGAUGAUGGUGGUCAAGGAGGAGCGUCAAGUAGUAAUACAACUGGAGAUGCUGGUGCGCGAGUUCUAUGCGGUCGUAUUCUAUCAUCAGACGCAUUAAUCAUCAAACCAGCUAUGUUUAUCUACCACAUAGCGAUAAUGACUGCUAUUUUAAUGUUUUAUUAA